AUGGCUUCUUCAAAUCGUCUUGAGCUUACAUUGAGUCUUAAGUUGGCAAACAUUGAAAAUGUUUCACAAAAAUUGUCUGUUUUAAAUGAGCAUCUUCAAAAACAUCAAGAAGAGCUUCGUAAAUUAGAAGCGUUUAGAACUGAGAUGCCUCACUCUGUGCUUCUCUUGUCGGACGCUGUGCAAGUCCUCAAGAAUGAGAUUUCAGAACUCUCCGAUCAUCAAUCUGAACGACGUAGUGCGUUCAGAAAAUACAAGAGCUCGUCUCCUCCGUUCAACCCUAAGCCAUAUGGCAUCGAUACUACUGAUCACAAGCAGGUGAUGACUUCCCAAUGUUCCCAAUCAUCUAGUCGGAUGGGAAUGAUGGUGAACAAAGAGCCGACAAGCCCUACGCCGUUCCCAUGCGAUUUGAACAUGGCGGCCGACGAUUUUGAGCUAGAGUCAAAACCACAGGCACAACCGGAGUCCCAGCCACAGCCACAGCUUCCACAGCCACUACCGCUGCCAAACUUGAAGAACAAAAGGAGGAGCUGGUCGCCGGAGCUCCACGCAAGGUUUCUGAAGGCCAUGAGUUUACUUGGAGGUCCUCAAGAGGCUACUCCAAAGCAGAUACAAGCUGUCAUGCAGGUCGAUGGGCUAACCCACGACCAAGUCAAGAGUCAUCUGCAGAAGUACAGACUUAACAACCGAGGAGUCCAACCGGCCUCUGCCGUGAGCGGCCAAAGGGCACCCCAUUUCUACAGGGACUAUUGGCAGCAACAACAGCAGCUCGAAGGUGCAAGCAAUGGUGGAGUAAGAGUUGGAAUUGGGUCUUCAAACGGUGGCGGUAGAAGCAGGGACAUUUCGAACAAGAAAGCAAAGACAAGUCGGUAA